AUGCUCCUUUACAUCAAUUUGUUGACCGGCCAACCAGAUUCAUGCAUGAGUUCAGAUAAACUGAGAGCAAAGCUUCGACUAGCUGCUCACCGCUUGAGACUACAUCAGAAAAAGAAGAUUGAGCUUUCUUUGCGUGCACACAAAUCGAUUGCCGAGCUUCUUUCUUGUGGCCGCUACGAACACGCUCGUAUCCAGGUCGAGCAAGUCGCACGUGAUGACUUUAUCGCCGAAGCUUAUGAUUUGCUAGAAGGUUAUUGUGACUUGCUGUUGUCAAGAUUCACGUUUUACGAAACGGAGAAAUCAGUGAAUGAGAGUCUUUUGGAAUGUGUCGCCACGCUCAUCUGGGCUGCUCCGAAGGCCUCGAAUGACAUACCGGAGUUGGAAUUUAUAGCUAGUGCAUUGCGCAGUAAAUACGGCUCUGGUUUCUGUGAAGACGUUCUACGCAAAGGACUAGGUGUCAGCGACCGGAUUCGUGCCUGGUUGGACAAACCAGUUCCACCACAGUCCGUUGUGGAACGUUAUCUGACAGAAAUUGCCAGUUCCUAUGAUGUCACAUACGAGCCCUCGAAGUUGACUCCUGGGGAAGAUUCCAAUCUCUUUCUUUGGCAGCGUGAUGCCGAGAGGGCGGUUGCUAAAGCCCAGAUGACCUCUUUUCGUGGGUUUGCUGCGACCUCCCUACCCGAGACACCUGAUCCUCCCAAAAUCACUGACUCUGUCGUCAACGCGGGUUCUUCGGUGACCACCGUGACGGAAGAUGAUCUGUCAGAGCGCCUCCGACGACUGAAGGGGCUUUAAAAUGUUCGGAGCCGACUUGUGUGAUUGUGCAUAACACUUUACUUUACUUGGCUUAUUUUUAACCCUUUCAAGAUGUUAUUUGCGCAUUUUUCUCCAUCUUUUUUGCAAACAUGCGGCAUCCAGCGAUUGUUUGCUUUACAUCUCGGGGAGAAGUGUCAUGCUUGAUUUCCUGUGAUUUCAUCCGUCUACAUAGCACUGGUAUUAACACUUUUGGACAUUUCAGGCGCACCUAACCAUUGUUCGCAACUCUCAAGUCGUUACAGUGUUUUGCUGUACAAACGUCAACUUUGUUUUAUCAUUGCAUCAUCAAGUCUGCACACAGAUAACGGCACACCUCUGGUUAUCCCACCCGACUUGUCUCCUCAAUUCACCAUUGUUGCUGCUAUCACAAAUUAGUGAUGGGCUCAAAGCGCAAUAAUACCAUUCCCCAUAAGCCGUGGUGGGGUUUUGACUAAACCAAAUCAUGUGUGCUAUUCUACUCGCCUGUUUGCCGAAACCACCUUGUUAUUCUUCCCUUUUUUUCUUUGUCCUAUUUUGUACCUGUCGAGAUUGUUUGCCUGUUUCAAUCCGACGGGCUUGAGCGAAUCCAUGUGCGGCAGGGCGACAAAUUUUUUGCUUUGUCUUUCCAAGCCACCAUAAACUUUCUAAUCUACAGUCGUGCUUGG